AUGCUAAUAACAGCGCGUCAUCAUGCCAAAGAUCUUCAAAGAUAUUUAGACGAGCAGCUAACAAGAGAAUUUGCCUUCGUCGUUGAAUUUGAGGGUAUUAUUCGUCCCGUUGAAAAGUCAGAGAACGGAAGUGACUUGAACGAGAUCUCUGUGGUCGUCUACCCUCCACGAGGAGCAAAAGAGGCCAAGGUCGCCAUACAACAACGUAUUGCAGACUCGUUCAGUACCGAAGACAACAAGUUGAAGAAGAGCGAUGUGCUCUUAUACCCCACCGGCAUGUCGGCUAUUAGCCAUAUCCAUGACAUUAUCAGCCUUUACACUACAACGACAAAGAAGACCAUUGCGAUCUUUGGAUUUUUGUAUGUCGAUACUGUCAAAGUUAUAAGCAACAUCCACGGGUACGAGUGUAAAAUCUAUAGCGGUACACAAUACGACUUGGAAACUCUUGAAGAGGAGUUGGCUGCAGGUCUGGAGCUGUGUGCCCUCUUCACAGAGUUCCCUGGCAACCCACUCUUUGGCUUUGUCGAUCUAGAGCGGAUAAAAAGACUGUCCGAUGAAUUAUUCUUCUUGUUCGUGGUUGACGAUACAGUCGGUACAUCGGUAAACGUUGACGUUAUCUCACAUUGCGAUGAUGUCUGCACAAGCUUGACAAAGAUGUUUAGUGGAGGCUGCAACGUCAUGGGAGGACGCGUGACCCUGAACCUAAAGAGCAGAGGCCAUUGA